AUGUCGUCACCGAGCUCUGCUGUUGCUGCAAAAAUGGUCUCCACAGCUCAAGAGGCAACAACAGACGACACAGUCUGCAUUGUAAUCACAGCGUUGCUCCUGUACGAUGUCAUUCUCACCUCAGGGAAAGAAUACCGAUACAUCUGGCGGUCAUCGAAGUCCUGGUUCUCGCGGGGACUAUAUGUGUGGAACAGGUACAUGUACCUGUUGGCUACUAUCCUGGACGUUGGAACCAUUCCAUCGAUGUCGGACGCAAUACUUGUUCCCAAACGUUCAUCAAAUGUGCUCUCUGAUAUUCUGAAUUUGAUUGGACCUGCAAUGUUCACUACGCUGCGGAUAUAUGCACUUUCAAGACAGAACAAGGUUCUGGUUGGGGUAGUUCUGGUGCUGAGCAUGGCACCCUUCGUCAUCAAUGCGAGCACUGCAUACCAGAACCCUCCCAUCAAUCUCCCCGCACCGCUGGGCUGCACUCUGAUUGACACGGCAAGCAGGAGCCUUAUUAUUGGGUGGGAAUCCGAGUCUUCCUUCGACUUUACUCAGCAGUAUGGUAGAUUGGUCAUUGCCUCGAGGGCUUCUUUGAUCCUCGUGGACUCGCUGGCUGCUGCCGUCACCUGGGCACAAACACGUGCAGCAAUUCAGAUGAGGACAGGCACCAUGAAGCGGCCUUCCCUGGAACAGGUGAUGUGGAAAAAUGGGACGGUUUACUUCUGCACUCUGGUCUCUCUGAAUGUGGUGGAUAUGGUGCUGGUCAUACUUUCGAUUGCCAUAGCACCGGGUGAUAUAUCUUCUUACGUUGUGGCCUUCGUCGACCCCAUCUCCUCCAUAUUGAACAGCCGCUUCCUGCUCGCUCUACACGAGACAAGUGUGCAGCUCCAAGGGGCGGCAGAUGCGUCCUUGUCCUCCCUCUCACUCAGGACCGGCAGAUGCGACCACCCGCGGGCAGGCUCGCCUGAGCUCCCAGCAUUCCUCGGCGUUAUCGGGGGCUCUAUCCACUCGUCCCACGAUGACGACGACGGCGGCGGCGGCGGCGGAGACCUAGGAUCACUCGGAUUCGCACCACCGCUGCGGCAGGACGGCGAGCACCAGACCGAGCACGAAGGAGAGAGUGUGGAGAGUAGUAGAGGAGAAUAUCCGCCGGUGUGA